AAAAAUCUCAUGGAAAAUUAUAAAGAAUAGGCACUCUCAUGAUGAUUACAUAAUCGUAAGGGUGCAGCAAAAAUAGUAGAUUCAAUGUCAAAUCUAUUUGAGCUUGAGUGGAUAUCUGACGAAACAUUUUAUACAAACUCUACAAACAAAUUGUCUAUUUUCAUUAUUCCAACAAGUAUUGAUCAUAGUUUUGAUAAUUAUUGGUGUUACUGUAGAUCAUCGUCAAUGUUGAGGUUAUAAUGCCUGCGCUAGUUUUGUUGGGUUAUAGACUUGAACUCAACUCAAGCUCAAUCAAUUUAUUGUUAACUUGUGUUGCUCUUUUCCUGGUUACUUGUUUCAUUAAUUUGAUUCAAAGACUUCGUAAACUUCCACCCGGUCCAUGGGGCCUUCCAAUUGUGGGAUAUUUACCAUUUAUAAAGCAGGAUGCUCACCUUCAAUUUUAUGAAUUUACCAAGCGAUAUGGACCAAUAUGCAGCUUUGCUUGUGGACAAUUUGACGUCAUUUUAAUCAAUGAAUGGAAGUCAAUCAAAAAAGCAUUAGCAAGUGAUGAUUUACUCGCUCGUCCUGAUCAGGUUUUCCUGCCAGAAGUGAUUGAUGCUCCAUCAUUUUUUGAAAUGUCAGGUGAACCAUGGAAAGCUCACCGUAGACUUGCUCUUAAAACGCUUCGCGAUGUUGGCCUGGGUAAAACAAAAAUGGAAAAUCAAAUCAAAGAUGAAAUAAAAACAUUAAUUACAGAAAUAAAGCGACACAAUGGUAAACCAUCCAACAUCUUCCAGUUGCUUUCAAUGAGUGUUUCAAAUAACAUUUCAAUCCUCUUAUUUGGCCACAGAUUUGACUAUAGUGAUUCAAAAACAAUUGAAAUGUCCAAGGCUUUGGAAGAGCUUAAUCAUUUCGGUCAUUUCUUCAAUGCAGCCACUUUCCUUCCUUGGUUGGCAAAAAUUUUGGUGCGCCUUGAUUAUCAAAAGCUUGAGAAAAUGCGCCAAUUGUUUACAGCUAUUGAAGGCCAUGUUCUUAGUGAGGUUGAAUCACAUCAACAAAACAAAGAAACUUCCCAAAUAAAGGACUACAUCGAUGGUUUCCUCGAAGAGAUGGACAGUGGAACCAGACAGGAUAAAUCAACCUUUAAUAUCACAACUUUACGUAGAAAUGCAAGCAUUUUUUAUACAGCAGGAUCAGAUACAAUAUCAUUGACUCUCCAUUGGAUUUUCUUGUACUUGGUAACUUACCCAAAAUAUCAGGAUGAAAUUAGAAAUGAAAUAAGAGAAACAAUUGGAUUGGACCAACCGCCCGAUUUUGUGAAUCGUUUAAGGAUGCCUCUUACGAUGGCCUUUAUUUAUGAAGUCCUAAGGUUCUCAUCGAUUGUUCCUGUUUCUCCUUUGAGAAGAGCAACAAAAGAUAUUGAAAUUGACGGAAAUUUGAUACCGAAAGAUAGUCUGGUUGUAUUCAAUUUAUGGUAUACUCACCAUGAUCCUAAGCUUUGGGAUAAUCCAAAUAUCUUUUUUCCCGAACGAUUUCUGAGUGAAGAUGGGACUAAAGCUGUCAAACCCUCAUAUUUGAUACCAUUUAGUGGGGGCAAAAGAGUUUGUCCAGGCGAAAGUUUCGCCAUUCUUCAAUUAUUCCUUUAUCUUGUCUCAGUUGUUCAAAAGUUUCAGGUAACUGUUGAACUUGGUGAAACUAUUUCACUUGAAUCAUAUUAUGUGUUUACAAGGAGACCAAAGAAUCAAGUAAAUUUUAUUUUCCAAGAAAUUUGAUUUUUUUACUCAAAAAACUGUUGGUGACUUUCAAGGCUUUACAGAAAAAUAAAUAGUGAAUUAUUCAAAAAUUGGAUUCAAAAAUCUGAAUAAAUAAAAGGAUCUCAUUUUUUGAAAACUCCGAUAUAUCAAUUUUACGGAUUGCCCUAGCAUCAACCAUUGAUGAGUUGUGACUGAAAACCUUCGUAAACGAUAAAAAACUUAUUUACUCUUUGGUUGUGGUGUCUACAGUGGUUGCGGUGGUUGUUAAUGUCGUGGAGGCUGUGGAUAGGUGAGAUGGCAUAAUUUCUUAGAGAGAAAAUAAAAAGUGAAUUAUCAGACGACCGAGAUGAAAAUCUGAAUAAAUAGAACUGCGAUACAUCAAA